AUGGCAAAAAACGGCACCCUUACGAGGGAGAUCGAGAGGUUCUAUGCCAUACCCGGAAAUAGCCGAGGGGGAUACUUCCCGUGGUUUCUUCGAAACCAGCAUAUACUCGAAAACUCAACCCCACCUAUAGAAAAGCGUUAUUGUUUCAUUUUCUACGCUUUGGCUGUGGAUAGCUCGAUCCCGAACCCGAAUUCGGUUGAGUUAGAUUUGUGGUACGAUUUUGGGUUUGCUUUAUGCACCGAUGAAUACCACGAGAAGAACCUAGGAGCUCUCUACAGCAAGCUUGUCGGUGGUGAAAGCCUUUUCAGAGACUACGAUACAAGUCUCGGGAUUGCUUCUAAUUGCGAUGCUACCUUGCCUACGUGCUCCUUUGAUGAAUUCUGGCGAGCAUGGCGGGAUGGCACUAUGGCAGAUCUAUUCGACAAGUACAGUGUUGACGGUGGUUUAGACGGAGACACCGGAUCUGGACUGGGGCGCAAUAUUGGAUUCCAUCAUUUGAGAGAGUUCCUGGCUUUCCCUUUCGAAAAGCAUGAACUGCGCCCUUCCUUGUGGAGGCUUAAGCACCUCCUAGCCUUGGAUGACAACACACCUUUAACAGGCUUUCCCGAGAUUGUAGAAGCUUCACAUGAGUAUGGUUUCACGCCGCAGAUUGACGCACAAACAAGGAUCAAUUUACGCCAAUCCUAUAGAGAGUUGCUUGAUACAGUCGAUCCGCUUGAGGUCCAUAGGGCUAUGGAGCGCGGAGAACUGCUGGGAUGUUCGGAGAGCCAGUUGAUCUUUGUCGGCGAAAGAGCGCGAGAUGUGUUACAGAAGAUGAACUUAACAAGACUGAAGAAAAAUGGGGGCAUCAGCCAUAAGCUAGCAUAG